CUUUCGCCAGGCAUCAUGGCUGGUUCCAACCGCUCGGGAGACCUGCGGGAUGCCCAGAAGUCCAUCCCCACGGGCACCAUCCUGGCCAUUGCCACCACCUCUGCGGUCUAUAUCAGCUCUGUUGUCCUCUUUGGAGCAUGCAUCGAGGGGGUUGUCCUGCGUGACAAGUUUGGUGAGGCUGUCAACGGGAACCUGGUGGUUGGCACCCUGGCGUGGCCGUCCCCGUGGGUCAUUGUCAUUGGCUCGUUCUUCUCCACCUGCGGGGCGGGGUUGCAGAGUCUCACCGGAGCCCCUCGCCUCCUGCAAGCCAUCUCCAGGGAUGGGAUCGUUCCCUUCCUCAGGGUCUUUGGCCAUGGCAAAGCCAACGGGGAGCCGACAUGGGCCCUGCUGCUCACAGCCUGCAUCUGCGAGAUCGGGAUCCUGAUCGCCUCCCUGGACGAGGUGGCUCCCAUCCUCUCCAUGUUCUUCCUCAUGUGCUACAUGUUUGUGAACCUGGCGUGUGCGGUGCAGACGCUGCUGCGGACGCCCAACUGGCGGCCCCGCUUCCGCUACUACCACUGGACCCUGUCCUUCCUGGGCAUGAGCCUCUGCCUGGCGCUGAUGUUCAUCUGCUCCUGGUACUACGCGCUGGUGGCCAUGCUGAUCGCUGGCCUCAUCUACAAAUACAUCGAGUACCGCGGGGCGGAGAAGGAGUGGGGUGAUGGGAUCCGGGGCCUGUCCCUGAGUGCAGCCCGCUAUGCCCUGCUGCGGCUGGAGGAAGGGCCCCCACACACCAAAAACUGGAGGCCGCAGCUGCUGGUCCUGGUCCGUGGGGAUCAGGAGCAGAACGUGGUGCACCCGCAGCUCCUGUCCUUCACCUCGCAGCUCAAGGCUGGGAAGGGCCUCACUAUCGUGGCCUCGGUGUUAGAAGGGACCUUCCUGGACAACCAUCCUCAGGCACAGAGGGCGGAGGAGUCCAUCCGGCGCCUGAUGGAGGCGGAGAAGGUGAAGGGCUUUUGUCAGGUGGUGAUCUCCUCUAACCUGCGGGAUGGCAUGUCCCACCUCAUCCAGUCCAGCGGGCUGGGGGGGCUGCAGCACAACACAGUGCUGGUGGGCUGGCCCCGCAGCUGGCGCCAGAAGGAGGACCACCAGACCUGGAGGAACUUCAUUGAGCUGGUGCGAGAGACCACAGCUGGGCAUCUGGCCUUGCUGGUGGCCAAGAAUGUUGCCAUGUUUCCGGGCAACCAGGAGCGGUUCUCGGAGGGCCACAUCGACGUCUGGUGGAUUGUCCAUGAUGGGGGGAUGCUGAUGCUGCUGCCCUUCCUCCUGCGGCAGCACAAGGUGUGGCGUAAGUGCAAGAUGCGCAUCUUCACGGUGGCACAGAUGGAUGACAACAGCAUCCAGAUGAAGAAGGACCUGACCACGUUCCUGUACCACCUGCGCAUCACCGCAGAGGUGGAAGUGGUGGAGAUGCACGAGAGUGACAUCUCUGCCUACACCUAUGAGAAGACACUGGUGAUGGAGCAGCGUUCCCAGAUCCUCAAACAAAUGCACCUCACCAAGAAUGAGCGGGAGCGGGAGAUCCAGAGCAUCACGGAUGAGUCCCGUGGCUCCAUCCGGCGCAAGAACCCGGCCAACACCCGCCUGCGCCUGAACGUCCCCGAGGAGCAGGCUGCUGAUGGCGAGGAGAAGCCAGAGGAGGAGGUCCAACUAAUCCACGACAAGAACGCCACCACCUUCUCCAGCAGCUCUCAGUCUCCUGGUGAUGAGGUGGAGGCAGCCCCUGAGAAGGUGCAUCUCACCUGGACCAAGGAGAAGUCCGUUGCUGAGAAGAACAAGAGCAAGAGCCCUGUCAGCCCUGAGGGCAUCAAAGACUUCUUCAGCAUGAAGCCGGAGUGGGAGAACCUGAACCAGUCCAACGUGAGGAGGAUGCACACGGCUGUGAGGCUCAAUGAGGUGAUUGUGAAGAAGUCCCAGGAUGCCAAGCUGGUCCUGCUGAACAUGCCAGGGCCUCCCCGUAACCGGAAAGGGGAUGAGAACUACAUGGAGUUCCUGGAGGUGCUGACGGAGCAUCUGGACAGAGUGCUCCUGGUGCGUGGUGGGGGCCGGGAGGUCAUCACCAUCUACUCCUGAAAGACGGCGUGAGAGGUUUGUCUGCACACUGAGAGCCCUGCCACCCCUUUGCACCGCGCUCCCGGAGGGGAGGAGGGAAGGCCGGAUGGCAGCCGGUGCGCAGAACCUUCUCCUGGCUUUGGCCGUGCCCCUGAUCUCUCCAUUCGAACUGCAGCACCAGAUCUUUCGGGAGCAUCCAGCACCAGAGCAGCUGUUCCUCAUUGCAACACCACAGCACUGCUGUCCUUGUUUAUAUAUAAAUAUAUACAGUGAACCGCGGACUGAGCACCAGAGCUCGGCGCUGCCGCCACCGCCCGCCUGCCCUGGUAGGGCCAGCCCCGCCGCCAGCCCCAGCACUGCCGCUGCAGCCCUGCCGGGCUGAGGGCGGCCGUGCCGAGACGGACCUUGGCCCCACCGUGCUGCUACUCCUGCACAGACUCGGCUGGACGCGCCCGUGCCCUGUGCCCUGUGCCCUGUGCCCGCCGCCUGCCCCGCGAGGGCCCUGCGAGGAGAGAGAGGCCCGCAGCACCACGCUCCCCACCUCCGGCCGCGCCCGGGGCUGCCUCCGGGGCCCUCACCUCCGGGGCUGCCUCCCUCGGCACCGCUCCUCCGCCGCCCCUCCCCGCCACGGGCCCGGACAGCCGCAGCUCGCCGCUGCCUCGGCACCGAUGUCUCCGGAGAGCGCGGGCUGAGCUUGUGGAGAUGCAG